UUGGUAAUCGUUGUUAGGUGGUUGGUCAAAUCUUCGGUAACGAGCUUGAGAAGAUCGUAAGCGUCCGAUGGAGAGGUGACACGAGAGAUGUUGAAAUAAAGAAGGAAGGACUCGGAGGAAAGCUUAUGGGAGCCUCCGGCUCCAGUAUUGUGGGUUGCUGGACUCCGGAGUAGGAACGGCGACAGGUCUGCCCGGAGUAUAUUGUCGGAGCGCGCGCGUGUUUUGGUAUUCCGGUGUGUUUGUGUAUGUGUGUGUGUGUAUGUCGGUCACGCGCUCAACUCUACACACGGUCUUCGUGGUUCCCACUUUGCUCUACAGGUCAAACCUGGAAUGGCCGAAAAGCGGUCAAGCGAUGUACAGGUGUUUUUUCGUGCGUAGCUCUUAGGCCUGUUCCGAGGGUACCCCACGGGAACCACAUGUGCAAAGCUUUGCUAGUCGAGAUUAGCAAAGUUCCACUUCAAACGAAGUUUAGGAUGCGGUGAUCAUGGCAGACGCAGGUAUAGAUAAUGAGGCGGAUUCGGGCACGAAUCCGCCUCCGCCGACUAGUAACAAUGAUGAAAACGUGGAAUCGACACCGCAAGAGGAGGAAUCGGAACAGAACGACGCCGAAGGGACGGUCUCCGGGAGCAACACGAAUUACGAUUCCGCGGGCGAAGGGAACCACAGAUGCGACAGCUGCGACUUCGAGGCUAUCGACAAAUCCUCGCUGACCGCCCACGUGAACCAAGUGCACGGCACCAAAGAAUCUGAGAUGGAAGUGGAGAAUAACAAUCCGCCGCAGGAACGGAUACACAGGAAGUUGUUCGAAUGCGACGUCUGCAAUAUGAAGUUUUCUAAUGGAGCGAAUAUGAGGCGCCACAAGAUGAGGCACACCGGGGUCAAACCGUACGAGUGCCGAGUUUGUCAGAAGAGGUUCUUCAGGAAGGACCACUUAGCAGAGCAUUUCACCACCCACACCAAAACAUUACCCUAUCACUGCCCGAUAUGCAAUAGAGGAUUCCAAAGGCAGAUCGCGAUGAGAGCGCAUUUUCAGAACGAGCACGUCGGUCAGCAUGACUUAGUUAAGAGUUGUCCACUUUGUAGUUAUCGUGCGGGAUCGAUGAAGAGUCUUAGAGUACACUUUUUCAAUAGGCACGGCAUAGAUUUGGAUAACCCCGGUCCAGCAGGUUCUUCUGCCUCUUUGUUGGCCGCAGCUGCCCAGCAGGGUUUCCCCAUUGAUGGCACACUGACAUCCCUCGGGAACUUGUCGCAGAGCGUCUCCGUCAGCAUGACUGCAAAUUACAGCGACAGCGGUGAUUCAACGGGCGCCCGUUCCACCGACAACGCCACACCUCCGAUGCAUUUUCUUACGCCUCAUGUUGAAAUCAGCAUGGCAGAUGCACCAGCACCAGUAUUUUCGCCAACAUUGUCGGAUCAGCAUGGAAAUGCUCAACCUGGUCAAAGCAGUAGCGGCGAGAACUCGCAAAGGAUGAACGGCGAUUGUCCUGGAUCACCUCAAUCUGCAGAUUCGAAUUCAAACGCCCCAACGAGUUCGCACACGAAUUCGAUGCGGAUGGACCACGAGACGAGCAUCACUCCAUCCAUUUCGUUGAUACCUAUCAAGCAGGAACCCAAUGAAGAAUAUGAGAAACGAAACGGACCAGUUAAUCUAAGCACUUCGCCUUCAGGAAGCGUUCAAAUGCAAACGGCGACUUCAAGUAGUCUAAGCUCGCUAAUCAAGGUAUCUCCGUUGAAAAGUUUACUUCGAGACGAUCUGAAACGAAAGAUCGUGACGCGCAGCUCAUCAUCGAGGACCCGAUCCUCCGGAUCACCAAAUCAUAACAAUCCAGAGAGCAGUCCAAACGAUUCGGCGACAACCACGAACGGUACCAUCACCUCGACGGGUCCAGAACAACCGUCGGAUUCAUCUGUUUGGAGAGCGAACAGCAAACGCUCUAUGUCCGGACUCCAGUGCGUCUUUUGUGGCAUCGCCUUUCCAGAUCAGACGCUCUAUUUCCUCCACAAAGGCUGUCACUCCGAUGCGAAUCCGUGGAAAUGCAACAUUUGCGGUGAACAAUGUUGUAACGUUUACGAAUUCAACUCUCACCUGCUCAGCAAAAGUCACCAGUGAAACCUCACACAAAACAAGUUAAAGGUAGUACAAGUUCAAAGGCCUUAGAGAAGUGUUUAAUUUUUUUCUCAAACACGUAAGAAAACAUGACAUGUAUUAAUUUAAACAAAGAUUUGUGAUAACAAGAAAAACAUUGCAAAACAUUCCAACGCUCGGCGAAUUGUAAACGGCAAUUCGUCUGGGACAACAUCAAAAAAGAAAAUAAUAUCAUUGACUAGUAAGGCAAUUAAACUUUUUGAUAUCCGCUACUACAAAAUCAAAAUUUUAUCGUCAUUAACAAAUGAAGAUGCAAUCGUGAAACUAGAUAUUUUUAAAUAUUUAUACAUAUUUUUUUUUAAUUUUUGAAUUAGUAUUAGCU